AUGACUUCAGAAGACGAAAUGGAAUGUAGGUUACUGGACGAUGACACUCCGGUAACAGACGAGACAACAGAAGAAGGAAAGAUGCCGGAAGUGCUAUCUGGUUUGGGCAAAACCCUUCAAACCAUAUCAGCUGCCAUGCUCAACAUGGAAAAAUCCAUGAAGAGAUUACAUUCGGAUAAAACCUCUGACUCAGAGGGUAGACCGAAUAAAACGAGACGCCUAGCUCCACAAAAUGAAGUUGAAAAAGACGGCGAUGACAGUGAUCCUGAAGGAUUGCUUCAAAGUAUAAAAGAACCCAAUGCCGACUCGGCAAAUGCGGGUAAUACGAGCGAAGCACAUGUUCGACUCGAACAUGACGCUCUACUUGACGAAAUCUCCCAGGAUCUGGAACAACUAGAGGAGGUAGGAGGCAAUAUAAAUCAGCAACUUGCUGACAUUGUUAACAAACGCUGGUCUUCGAAGCUUACAGAAGCAAAACGGACAAUUACCUGA